GAAGGCGCCGCGCCAUCUUGGUCCCCAGCGCUGCCCGCUCGGCGCUCGUCCAGCCAGGCUGGCCAGGCCUAGCUUCGGUACUCGCAACGGCGUCGCACCGUGUUCAUUCUCCGGCUGGUGCUGGUGUGUUUUGCGGAGUCGUUCGCAGCGAAGAAGUGUGGUAACAAGAGAGGCGUGAGAAGCAGAAAUGCCUGGCUGUUCUGUUCCGCAGUGCACGAACCACUGCAGACGGGGCACACGUAUGUUCCGCUUCCCGAGUAGUCCUACUCGAAAGAAACGUUGGCUCGCUCAAGUCAAACGAGACCGCUGGGAACCCACUGCAGCUGCUCGUGUUUGCGCCGCUCAUUUUGAGGACAGCAGUUUCGAACAAAACCGGCAGGACGGGUUGAAAAAACUGAGGCCAGAUGCUGUUCCAACACUUUUUCCUUAUCGUGCCAUCCCAAAACACAGAAAGGCCCCCAAAAAGCGUGCUCAGGGAUCAACAGCCAUUCCAUCACCACCAACUCUACAUGGCAGCACAAGCGACGCGAACCGUGCUGCUUCACCUAUGCAUGCUUGUACAGUGAUGGCUACCCCACUGCCAGAAGCUCUCGACGUCACUGCCACAGACACUGCUCAGUCCAAGCGUGCGUGUGCAGCAACAGCCGUUCCAUUGCCGUUAACCUUUGACGACAGUGUAACCACCAAGGACAAUGCUCCUCGAUCAAAGCGUAUUUGUGCAGCGGCAGACAUUCCACUGCAACUUGCUCUCGCCGACAUUACAAGCAACAUAAACAACGCUGCUCAGUUCAGGUAUGCUUGUGCAGCAACAGCCAUUUCUAUGCCACUAGCUCUCGACAUCUCUGCAAGCAGCACAGACAACGCCCCAGCCAAGCGUGCCUGUGCAGUGACGAUUGUUUCAAUGCCGUCAGCCCCCGACGAGAGCGCAACCACUACGAACAGUGGGUCCGAUACUUGCUGCUCAUCGGCAGCCUUUUUACGGCAACCAGUUCUCGACAACAGUGCAAGCGACAUGGACAAUGCUGCUCAGUCCGAGUAUGCUUCUGCAGUGACAGCCGUCCGUCAGCCACUAGCUUUUGAUAUCUCUGCAAGCAACACAGAAAAUGCUUUAUUCAUGCAGGAUUGUACAGCGACAGCCGUUUCACUGCCCUUAGCCCCAAACGACAGUGCAAGUACCACAGACAAUGCUCCCCGGUCAAAGCAUACUUGCACAGUGACAACCGUCCCACGGCAACAACCACCUCUCGACAAUGGAGAAUGUGACCCGGACCACCAUGCUCGAUCUCCCCUUUUCAUUACCCCAGAGCCCAGGUCUGAGCUUGUUUGUUCUACUGCAUUGGAACAACCCGGUGGUUUUCCAGUUCCAAUUGUUCAGGAGCUGAAGGAAAAAUUGCAGCCUGAAGUCGGGUCUUCAGAAGGACUAACAAGCUCGUCCGCUGUUUUCACGUUUGGAAGUAGUACCACCCAAAGUAUGUUACUGAUGCAUCGCCAAAACUCCGAGCUUCGAAAGAAAAACUCCGAUCUAGCCCGGAAGUACCGAACCUUGCAAAGGCUCCAUGAUGAAGCCAAAUCAAGACUGCGAAGUCUCACAAAAAAACUGACAUCAGCUCAGAAAGAAAUAAGUGCUUUGAAAAGUUCAAGAUUUCUGAACACAGACCAAACAAAGGCUUUGACUGUGAAAUCAAUGAAGGGACAUAAGUGGUCAGAGAAGACUAUUCGAGUUGCCCUUCAAAUUAAGCACGCAUGCGGUACAUCAGGGUAUGAACUGCUGAGGUCCCUGUCAUAUCCGCUACCCUCGAACAGAACGUUGAUUCGGAGACUCCAACACAUUAAGUUUCUGCCUGGGGCUCUUGACGAAGUUUUUGAAGUGCUAAAGCGGAAAGUGCAGACUAUGGAAGACAUAGAGAAAGACUGUGUUCUCUUUAUGGAUGAGAUGGAGAUUAGUCAGGGAUUUGACCACGACAGUUCGCUGGAUCGUAUUUUUGGAAGCACCACACUCCCAGAAUCCCGUGUGAAUGUUGCGAACCAUGCCCUUGUGUUUAUGGUUGGGGGAUUAAACACGCGGUGGAAGCAAGUGAUUGCAUACCACUUCACUGGACGAUCAACUGACGAAAGUGCUUUGAAGGAGCUUGUCUUUCAUCUCAUUGAACUAUGUUUCAACAUCUCUCUCAAGGUGCUCAUAGUUACAAGCGACAUGGGAUCAGCAAACCGUGCUGUGUGGCGUCUGCUCAACUUUUCAAAUCACAGGCACUCUGAGACCGUGUGUUCUGUCCCACACCCACACCUCGACGGGAGACAGCUCUAUUUCAUGGCUGAUCCAGCGCAUGUUUUAAAAAAUAUUCGUGCCCAGCUGCUUCGUUCAGAGACCUUUACUUUAGGAGAAGAGACUCUGAGAGAGCACAACCUCCCAGGAGGGACCGUGGACAUCCACCAUGUUGAAGCUGUUCUUGCAUACGAUGCAAACAAUGAACUCAAAAUCGCCAACAGGCUUUCUGGCAUUCACGUCAGCAAUGGACAUUUCACAAAAAUGAAAGUGAGCAUUGCUGUGCAAUUGUUCCGUGAGGCUCCUCCCGCAAUCCGCUACCUAAUUCAGCAAAAAGUCUUGCCGCCUGAAGCUGAGGCAACAGCCUGGUUCUUUGAUUUAGUGACUAGGUGGUACACCUUGAUGUCGUCACGUCACCCAAUGGUCGCUCUGAGUCAUUUUGAUGCUGCAAAGCACACGGAAGCACUCGGGACUUUGGACCUGGCAAUCACCACCUUCUGUCGGAUGGACAUGGGAGCAACAGCUCAUUGGAAACCGUCGCAGGCCGGGCUUCUUGUUUCUACCACUGUCGUUCUGCGCCUGUCUGACGAACUUCUGAACAGGCACAACUAUAAGUACCUUCUCACGGGCAGGUUGAGCCAGGACUGCCUUGAGAAUAUUUUCUCUGUGCUGCGACUCAGAAAACCCGUGCCAAGUGCAUAUGACAUUAAGUGUGCUUUGAAGUUGAUCUGUGUCAGUCAGUUUCUCUUCACCCCGACAUCUUCCAGCUACAAUGUUGAUGACAGCAUGCACCUGGCUGACCUCCUUGAUCCAGCCCUCAAGAAGCAGGUGCAAGAUGUCAACCAAGAGUCUGAAGAGCUGGAGAACCUGUUCGUGUGUGAACUAACUGCAGUCGAGUGCGACAUUCUGGCCUACCUGGGAGGUUUUAUUCUUAGGUUUGUCAAGAAGUCUAUUGGCAACUGUGAGGACUGCGAAGGUGUCCUAGUGUCGGAUGGUAAUGAUACGCACAGCAGUUUGAUUCAUUUGAAAGAGUAUGUCAAGGGUGCUGGGAACCUUGUCUACCCCAGCCAAGCUGUGAUGAGUGUCUUGAUAGAGUGCGAAGAGAACAUCAAGGCUUUUACCCAACUAGACGCCAUCUUGACGCUCAAGGCUCCAUUUGCCACUAUUCUGGAGUUCCUGCGCAAAUCUGUAACAUUGGAGUUAGGGUGCUGUGACAUACACAAAGCUUGUGUGGAGAAGAUUCUUCUUGAAAAGUAUGUCAGAACAAGAAUCAGGAUUCACCUGCGACAGCAGUACGCACAGGAAGUAAACGGAGCGUCGAGCAAGACAUGUGCUGCGGCAAACUUGAAUUAACCGCUGAAUGGUGUGUUUUAUCACGAAGAGUACUUCUCAAUUCAGUGAUAUUGUGAUUUAUUGGUACAUGUUGUCACCAGUGAGUGAUGAAUCUGCUUUCUUGUAAAUAUUAUUUGGUCUUUUGCCUAUACUCUUAUUUUAUGCUCUUAUUAUUGUCUGCUGUCCUACUUCAGAACAUGUGUGUCACGUGAUUUGUGCCCUGCACGUCUUUCUAAGUAUUAAAUGUUCAGUAAGUUUCAUAAA